AUGAAGGCUGGUAUUCAGGGACGAACAAAAUGUGCCAAAUUACUACUUUUCGCAGGGGCAUCACCAAAACUUCGAGAUUUUGGUCGCAAACUUUGCGCAGAAGAAUGGGCUCAUUUUACUGGACGCCAUGACUGUGCAGACGCAAUAAGCAAAUUUACGAAGGCAAAACGAUUUGUAUUUGGGCAGCAGCCCGUUCCAGAUGAUCGCCAGAUGUGUGUCUACGCCUCUGAUUCCUGGCGCGAUUUCGCCGUCCGAUUCCCCACCGUCGAUGCGGCGAAACAACAGUACCGAGUGUGUGAAGAUACCACGGGUGGAGUAACCAAGUUUACAGUUGUUGUCAGCAUUUUAAAAUUAAAAUCCUCUUUUUUUUCCUCUCUCCUCUUCCUCUCUCCUCUUCUUCCUCUCUCCUCUUCUUCCUCUCUCCUCUUCUUCCUCUCUCCUCUUCUUCCUCUCUCCUCUUCUUCCUCUCUUUUCCGUGACUCAUCUCUCUCUUUAUUAUCUUCUUCUUUAUUAUCCCUCUCUUUCACUUUACUUUUCGCUUUCUAUUGUCUCACUUUCCAUUACAUUAUCUCUCUCUCUCUCCUUUUUCUUUCUCUCCCUCCGCGCUCUCUUUCUCUCCCUCCCUCCCUCCCUCCGCUCUCGCUUUCUUUCUCUUUUUCUUUCUUUCUCUUUUUCUUUCUUUCUCUUUCUUUCUUUCUCUUUUCUUUCUUUCUCUUUUCUUUUCUUUCUCUUUUCUUUCUUUUUUUUCUUUCUCUUUUCUUUCUUUCUCUUUUCUUUCUUUCUCUUUUUCUUUCUUUUCUUUUUCUUUCUUUCUCUUUUUCUUUCUUUUCUCUUCUUUUUCUUUCUCUUUUCUUUCUUUCUCUUUUUCUUUCUUUCUCUUUUUCUUUCUUUCUCUUUUUCUUUCUUUCUCUUUUUCUUUCUUUCUCUUUUUCUUUCUUUCUCUUUUUCUUUCUUUCUCUUUUCUUUCUUUCUCUUUUUUUUUUCUCUUUUUCUUUCUCUCUUUUUCUUUUCUUUCUCUUUUUCUUUCUUUCUCUUUUUUUCUUUCUUUUUUCUUUCUUUCUCUUUUUCUUUCUUUUCUUUUUCUUUCUUUUUCUUUUUCUUUCUUUCUCUUUUUUCUUUCUUUCUCUUUUUUCUUUCUUUCUCUUUUCUUUCUUUCUCUUUUCUUUCUUUUCUCUUUUUCUUUUUUCUCUUUUCUUUCUUUUUCUUUUCUUUCUUUCUCUUUUUCUUUCUUUCUCUUUUCUUUCUUUUCUUUUCUUUCUCUCUUUUCUUUCUUUUCUCUUUUUCUUUCUUUCUCUUUUCUUUCUUUCUCUUUUUCUUUUCUUUCUCUUUUUUCUUUCUUUCUCUUUUCUUUUUCUUUCUCUUUUCUUUCUUUUCUCUUUUUCUUUCUUUUUCUUUCUUUUCUUUUCUUUCUUUCUCUUUUCUUUCUUUCUCUUUUUUCUUUUUUUCUCUUUUUCUUUCUUUCUCUUUUUUCUUUCUCUUUUUUCUUUCUCUUUUCUCUUUUUCUUUCUUUCUUUCUCUUUCUCUUUUCUUUCUCUCUUUCUCUCUUUCUUUCUCUCUCUCUCUUUCUCUCUUUCUCUUUCUUUCUCUCUCUUUUCUCUCUUUUUCUCUUUUCUCUUUUUCUCUUUUCUCUUUUCUCUCUUUCUCUUUUCUCUCUUUUCUCUCUUUUCUUUUCUCUCUUUUUCUUUUCUCUCUUUCUUUCUUUUCUCUUUCUUUCUUUUCUCUCUCUUUUCUUUCUUUCUCUUUCUUUCUUUCUUUCUCUCUCUUGUUUAUUGCAUUGUUUUGUUAUUUUUUAUGGUAAUCUUCAUUUUAUUUUUAUUCCUUUUUAUUUAA